GGCCGAAGGGGCUGCUGCAGCUGCUUCUGCUCUACAUCGCCUGGAAAAUGGGGAGCGGCCAGCUCUAUUAUUCUGUGCUGGAGGAAUCCCAGCACGGCACCUUUGUGGGCCGCAUCUCCCAGGAUUUGGGGUUGGAGGUGAGCGAGCUGGUGCCUCGGAUGUUCCGGAUGCUGUCCAAAGGAGAGAAGGACUAUUUUGAGGUAAACCUGCAGAAUGGGAUCUUGUUUGUAAAUUCCCGGAUAGACAGGGAGGAGCUGUGUGCCAAGAAUGCAGACUGUGUCCUUCAUCUGGAGGUGAUUGUGGAGAAACCUCUGAGGUUCUUCCAUGUGGAGGUUGAAAUCAAAGACAUGAAUGACAAUGCUCCCGUCUUUUCAGCCAUGGAAAAGAUCCUGAGCAUAGCAGAAUUGACAACAGCAUCUGGAACCCAAUUCCCUUUAGAGAGAGCAUCUGAUGCAGAUAUUGAUAAUGGGGAACUUAUCAAUGGGGUGGAUGCGCCCUCGGAUUCUGCUAAAAAGCAAGUCUUUGUGAUGGAUGAGAAUGACAAUGCACCUGCUUUCACACAGUCAUUCUACACGGUCUUUGUGAAGGAGAACAAUCCCCCCGGUUCUCACAUCUUCACAGUAUCUGCCUUGGACCCAGACAUAGCUGAGAAUGGUCUGAUCACCUAUUGGAUAGAUGAGAAGCUCUGGCCAUUGUCAAGCUACAUCUCUGUACAUUCAGAGAGUGGAAAACUUUAUGCUUUGCAGUCCUUGGACUAUGAGGAGUUGAAACUGCUGGAGUUCCAGGUGAGAGCCAAGGAUGCUGGAAUCCCCUCCUUAUGUGGCAAUGCAACUGUUCAAGUCUUUGUGAUGGAUGAGAAUGACAAUGCACCUGUUGUGUCAGGAUCAUCAGAAGAGAACCUGAUUCUUUUAGUGGUCCCCGUGAUCCCUGGGCAUAUUGUAGGCAAGAUCCAUGCCUUGGAUGCAGAUUCUGGAUACAAUGCAUGGCUAAGAUAUGAUCUAGUUGAAGAAAGUAAUGGUCUGUGGACUGUGGGGCAGUAUAGUGGUGAGGUGAGUACCAAAUAUUCUCUGGAUGAAUCAGAAAGCAGCAAAAUCCAGAGUUUGUUGGUUCUUGUGAAGGACCAUGGAAAACCUCAACUAUCAGCCACAGCCACCUUGAGUGUUUCACUUGUGACAAGUGGUCAGACAAUCAAAACGGAUAUUAACCUUCAAAGAUCAGGGGAGAGCUUUGUGCCCCUGGUGGACUCGAUCAACGUUUAUCUGAUCAUUGCCAUCUGCUCUGUUUCCAGCCUCUUCCUCCUGGCCACUCUCAUCUACGUGGCCCUGCGUUGUCACAGUAAGAUAAAGGAACCCAUGGUUUAUGGCCCUGGCAUGGCCACCCUGGUCUGUGCCAGUGAAGUGGGCAGCUGGUCCUAUUCCAAUCGGCACAGCCACAUCCUGGCAGGUGUGAGCGCAGAGGCUGGUGCCAAGAGUGAUCUCAUGAUUUUCAGUCCCAACAUUCCUGUCUUUGCAGAUAAUGGGGAACUUAUCAAUGGGGUGGAUGUGCCCCCAGAUUCUACUAAAAAGAAAGACAUUAAUGAAUGA